AUGCCGGGAUCACUUGCCGAGUACCUGGCGAAGAACUACCUCACAGCCGAUUCAGCAACGGAGCGACCGAAGAAGAAGCGCAAGAAGACUAAAGCCACCGACACCGCAGGCUCGGGCCUCAUCAUCGCCGAUGACGACCCUCCGGAUCUGCGCUCAGCACAUACACAAUCAUCCCAGGAUGAUGAGGACCGUCCAUUCAUCGACAACACAACGAAAAGUGCCGAGUUCCGUCGAGCCAAGAAAUCGUCCUGGAAGACCGUCGGGGGACCGGCGCCGGGGAGCGAACAAGACGCGGCCGAUGCGAUCCUGGCGUCCGCAGCAGCGGAGCGAGCCGCACAGCGUGAUGCAGACGACGAUGGCGAUGCACCGGUGAUUGAGGGCGAGGAGGUGGACGAGGGCCCGCGGAUGGAGUCCGGGGCGCGGGCAGGACUGCAAACCGCAGAGCAAACGGCGGCAAUGGUGAAAGCACAGGAGCGGCGACGUAAAGCCGAUGCGGCGCUGUACCGCGACCCGGCAUCCUCGGACGCACAGGCCCAGGAGACGAUCUACCGAGAUGCGUCCGGGCGGAUCAUCAACGUGGCGAUGAAACGGGCCGAGGCGCGGCGCGCCGAGGAAGAAGAGCGCGAAAAGGAGGCGCGCGCACGCGAGGCACUCAUGGGCGAUGUCCAGCGCCAGCAGCGUGAGUCCCGCAAGCAGGAGUUGCAGGAAGCAAAGAUUAUGCCUGUGGCGCGCACGAUCGAGGACGAUUCUCUUAACGAGGAGCUCAAGGCCCGCCAGCGCUGGAAUGACCCCGCUGCUGGGUUCCUGACUAAAUCUUCGGGUCCCGGGGCGAGCGUGACAGGCAAGCCGUUAUAUCAGGGCGCUUUCCAGCCUAAUCGGUAUGGUAUUCGGCCUGGGCAUCGCUGGGAUGGAGUGGAUCGUGCCAAUGGGUUUGAGAAGGAGUGGUUUGCGGCGAGAAAUCGCAAGGGUCGCAACGAGGCGCUGGAUUAUCAGUGGCAGAUGGAUGAGUAA